UCAAAUAAUUCAAAAUACUAUGAGUCUCACACAGAGCGAGAGCGAAGGCCAGAGCUGUGAGAGAUCCCAACCUCCCAAAACCUCACCACCACAAUGAAUUCCUUCGCCAGCACCCUCUCCCUCUUUCUCUCCCUCCACGACGACUCGGAACUUGACGACAACGACCCCGUCCACCCCUUGCUAUCCCUCUUGGACGCCUUACUCUCCUCCAUGGCCGCCCUCUGCUUAACGCGCCACCACCUCCUAGCCCCCACCAUCGACCGCAGCGUCGAGAUGAUCCCGAACCGUAGCAGCGAUGACUUAGUUCUUCGAACCCCCGAUCAUGGAGAUGGUGGCAAGAGAGCUUCAUCCGAUACCACUCCGCCAGUCCCCCUGAUGGUGAAGAGCCGACAAUUUACGGCCCUGUUCGAUGGCGGUGAGAGCGUGGUGCGAAUGCUUCGGUUUGAGGUACUCGUACAUGAAGUAUUGGAUCAAAGGCAAAGAUCAGACUGAGUUGACAUCAAGUAGGAAAGAUCGAAAUGUCACUCACUCGAAAAGGACCCAAGCACAACCAGUGGAAGCCUAAUGUAGAAUUAUAUGUAAUAAGGUUUGUGUUUGAGGUAGUGUGGGUGGCUACACUAUCAUAUUUAAUGUGUUUUGAUGAUAUUAAGUAUGUGUGCACGCAAAUAUUCAAGGGAGCUUAAGCUCCGCUCAUAAUAAAAAUAAAUAAGUACUUAAUGCCUUAAA